GUUUGUGAGAGAUGCGCCAGGGGAAAGGCCAGCGUCCUACAUAAAGAGUCCAGGACAGGGAGCCGGGCAGCACACCAGGCAGAACACCUUUCUGUGCAGAUACGGCCAGGAGGAGAGCGCCACCAACAAAGAGCGGAGAGGGGAAAAGACAAAGGAGAAGCAGUGAAUAAUUGUGAAGAGAUGGAGCGCUCAUAUGAACACAAGAUUCCUAGCUGGGUUUAUGUGGGCACUCUGCUCUUCUUUUUUCACUUCUACUCAGUCUCAGUUAGUGGAGCUCCAGUGAAGCAGGAAGCAGCAUUGGACAGCGGUGCCACAGUUCUCAAUCACUCCAUGCAUUUGGUGCAUCGUAUGGAGAACCUGCUGACCCUAGGGAACAGCAGCGAUGUUAGCCUCCGGGUGCAAACAGUUAAUACAGAUGAGGUGAAGGUGAUUCAGGCCCACAGUCUGGUCCUUUCUCUGCAGAGCGACGUGUUUGAGGAGCUGUUGCUGAACCGCAACAACAGCGCUCUAGUUUUGACGGAAACACCUGAGUGCGCUGCUCUCUUUGACAAGUUUGUCAGAUAUUUGUACUGUGGUGACAUCUCAUUACGGCUCGAUCAGGCUGUAUCCCUGCACAAGCUGGCCAGCAAAUACCAUGUGUGGGGCUUGCGGCAAGGCCUAACCCAGUACAUGACUCAACAUCUUUCCAGUGAUUCACCCACAGGCCAUGUUGUUAGUUGGUACAACUAUGCACUACAAAUUGGGGACGCAACCCUGCGGGAUAGCUGUCUGCAGUACCUGUCCUGGAAUCUGUCCUCUGUGUUGCAGAGUGGAGAGUGGGGUUCUAUUAGUGAAGACCUGCUCCUGUCCUUGCUCCAGCGCUCUGACCUCAUUCUGCACAGCGAACUGGAGCUCUAUGAGGCUGUGGAGGCCUGGAUUAACCAGAACCAGCCAGUCAGCACAACAGUAGAGACUGCCCUUAGGGCGGUUCGGUAUGGCAUGAUCCCCCCUCACCAUCUCUUCCGUCUUCAGAAGCAGUCACCCCUCAUGGCAAAGUAUUAUGAGACCAUCCGUGAUCUCCUUUAUCUCGCCUUUCAGUUUCACUCUGCCUCACCGAUCCAGCUGGCUAAAUAUUUUGAUGUCAACUGUAGUAUCUUCACUCCCCGUAACUACCUGUCCUCUUCUUGGGGUUCUCCUUGGAUCAUCAACAACCCUACUCGUGACGACCGUAGUUUCAGCUUCCAGACCCAGCUUGGGCCAAGUGGCCAUGACUCCAACAAGAGAGUAACGUGGAAUGCCCUGUUCUCCCCUCGCUGGCUCCCACUGAGUGCGAGGUCUACCUACACUGAGCUGGGUGCCAUGCAGCCUACUCGUACAGAGGGAGGCCGACCUCGCAUCAUCGUAACGCCUGCCACCUCCAGCCCCGACUUUGCCGGAGUCAGUUUCCAGAAAACAAUUAUCGUGCUAGCAAAGCAGCAGGGAAAAGUGAUUGUCCGCCAUGUGUACAACUUCCACCAGAGCACAGAAGAGGCUGGAGAUUUCUUGAUGGAUGCUGACCUACAGCGCCGUGCAUCAGAGUACCUCAUUGAUAGCUCCCUCUAUCUGCACAUUGUGAUCAAACCUCUCUACCAUAGCUUGCUUGUUGCCAGGAAGUAAAAACAGGAAUUCUGUAUCACCUCACUGUAUCUGCCCACACAAUCACAUGCACAUUUUUCAAAGCACACUCAUAUCAUGUGUCAGCUGUAUGAUAAUCACAUUUUAACAUUUCCUUUAUUCUUUUGUCUUCCAGCUUUAUAGCAAAACACUGAAAGAAAAGAUUGACAGACAAGCUGUGAUUAUCACUGCAAUAGUAGUAAGAUAUUUCUGUGACUUGUGUGUAAUAAGAGCAACAUGACAUCGAAGUUACUGUAUUUUUUAAAAUCAUCUUAUUAAGUAGAAGUUUCUCCUUGAAUUCAUGGAUUGUUGUAAUUGUUAAUGAAGACUGAGUGGGUCAUAUACUGAUAUUGCUUUAAGAAAACAACCCCCACUAUUUAUGGAUUAUUAUUUUCUCUUAAGUCAAAUAGAGAUAUUUAAUCCAUUACUCACAUUUUAGAACCACAGUUGUGUGCACCACUGUAUUAUAUUUAAACUAAAAUGUUUUCAAAGGUUUUGGUGUGAUGUAGUUGUCUUGCAGGACUAGAUAUGUAUGAUUACUACCCAGAGAUGUUUUUCCUUUUAGAGGUAUUGCUUGUCAAAUUUAUUAUUUUGCUUUCUUACAAAUAUAUGUGGGUGUGGGCCGCUGUGUAGCCUCAUAGAGGAGAAUAGAUUUUUUUUAUUCUAGGUAUUGAUUUAUCUUUCAAUAUAAGCUUGUUUUCAUGAAUUAUUUACUUAUUUUGAAUGACAUUUUUUUUCUCUCCGUUGUAAAAUAAAUUAUGAAUUAAAAAUAACUUUUGUUUGUUGAUAGGA